UUCUUCAGGAGACUCGGCUUUCAGACUCUUUCUGGCUCAGCUUGAAACAGAGCCCCAAGAGCAAGGGAUACCCGUGGUCGUGGAUUUUAAGCUCAGUAAUGGGAAAAGUUGAAAAUGCUUCCUGGAUCCACGAUCCUCUCAUGAAGUACUUGAACAGCACAGAGGAGUACUUGGCCUACCUGUGUGGACCCAAGCGCAGUGACCUAUCCCUUCCAGUGUCUGUGGUCUAUGCGCUGAUCUUCGUGGUGGGAGUGAUGGGCAAUCUUCUGGUGUGCCUGGUGAUUGCCCGACAUCAGACUUUGAAGACACCCACCAACUACUAUCUCUUCAGCUUGGCAGUCUCAGACUUGCUGGUCCUGCUCUUAGGCAUGCCACUGGAGGUCUACGAGAUGUGGCACAAUUAUCCCUUCCUGUUUGGGCCGGUGGGAUGCUACUUCAAGACAGCCCUCUUCGAGACUGUGUGCUUUGCCUCCAUUCUAAGUGUCACCACCGUUAGCAUUGAGCGCUACGUGGCCAUUGUCCAUCCGUUCCGAGCCAAGCUGGAGAGCACACGGCGACGGGCCCUCAGGAUCCUCAGCCUAGUCUGGAGCUUCUCUGUGGUCUUUUCUUUGCCCAACACCAGCAUCCAUGGCAUCAAGUUCCAGCAGUUUCCCAACGGGUCCUCCGUGCCCGGCUCUGCCACCUGUACAGUCACCAAACCCAUGUGGGUGUAUAACUUCAUCAUCCAAGCUACCUCCUUCCUCUUCUACAUCCUCCCGAUGACCCUCAUCAGCGUCCUCUACUAUCUCAUGGGGCUCAGGCUGAAGAGAGAUGAAUCUCUUGAGGCAGACAAAGUGACUGUGAAUAUUCACAGACCCUCCAGAAAAUCAGUCACCAAGAUGCUGUUUGUCUUGGUCCUCGUGUUUGCUAUCUGUUGGACCCCUUUCCAUGUGGACCGGCUCUUCUUCAGCUUUGUGGACGAGUGGACUGAGUCCCUGGCUGCUGUGUUCAACCUCAUCCACGUGGUAUCAGGUGUCUUUUUCUAUCUGAGCUCCGCUGUCAACCCCAUUAUAUAUAACCUCCUGUCUCGGCGCUUCCGGGCGGCCUUUCGGAAUGUUGUCUCUCCUUCCUGCAAAUGGUGCCAUCCCCAGCAUCGCCCACAGGGGCCUCCAGCCCAGAAGAUUAUCUUCUUGACAGAAUGCCACCUUGUGGAGCUGACAGAGGAUGCCGGCCCCCAGUUCCCUUGUCAGUCAUCCAUCCACAACACCCAACUUACCACCGUCCCCUGUGUUGAAGAGGUACCAUGAAAGGAGUGGUCAGAAGGCCACUUCCGAAGGCCUGGCUUCUGUGAUUGACAUUUCUCUACAUGCCAGCACUGCAAGGAGGUGCACUCUGUCACCUCUGCCUCCUUGCAUGCCAUUAGAGAGGUAAUGUGGCUCUUAGAUUCCACCUACUCUUUACUUUUUUUAAUGUUAAAACUCAGACUUCGCUCUGGGUCCCAGAGCAGACAUUACACUCCAUCUUUCUGCAUUGUGAUUUUUUUUUAUAACUGUGAUUGUAAUGUGCCACGGGAGUCUCACUUCAAGAUGCUCUCAUGAUGGGUGGGUUUAGCCUAGUAAAGGUGUUGUCGAGUAGCUAAGCAGCACAAUACAGUUAUCCUAACCUCCAUACCCAGGAUGCAGGAGAGACCUACUGGGUAGGAACUGCCCGCAAAAGCCUAACCCUCCAAAAGUUAGGACUUUUGGGAGUUUGUUGUCAAAUAAGCUAUGGCUUAAAAUCAGUCCUAGCAGAAAUAUUUAUGCUACAGAAAUUAACAAGCUCUCUAAAUCAAGACUAAAUAAUUUUUAUCCCCUGGAGAGUUGGCCCAUGAGCAGGUUGAGAGCUAUUAAUGAGCUGGCACUGUGCCUGCUCAUUGCAAUGUGUGGGACUUGUUUUUAGAAGAAAUGCUGCUUAUGCUGUAAUUAUGAACUACUUAGAGUCGUGGUUAACUCGGAAAAAAAUGCUAUGGACUAGAUUUAAAAACAAAACAAAACAAAACAAAAACGUUCCUGUACAAAAAUAAGCGAAAUACUGCUAAUGAAGCCAAUGGAAGCAGCAUCAGCAUUUAUAAUUAACCUGGAGUGGAAAGAUUAUUUUUGGAUGCCAUCCAUUAACAUUAAUGCAGAAAACAGCAACGGACUGGGUGUUAUUUUCCCUCUCACGUCUGUGUUUGCAGAGCCCAGAGGAUGUGUUGUCAAAGCAGAUGACUUUUCUGUGUUCAUCUCCACUUGGCUGCAGAUUUGUUUUGUUCUCCCCCUGUGGUGUAGGACUGGAGGGAUGACACAGUAGACAAAAGCACUUGCCACCGAGCCUCAGGAUCUGAAUUCCAUACCCGGAACUCACGUGAUGGAAGGAGAGAGAACUGACUUCUCAAGUUGUCCCUUGACUCCCCCCAAACAUGCACNAUGGCAUACCACACCCCAACACUCACCACAAUAAAUAAGUUCAUAUUAAAAAAUUAAAGAAAUAUAUUAUGAAUCCACAGUGUNGAAGCUAACAACUACACUAUCUUCUAGAAACCUAGUAAAUCAAAAUCGCAGACAGAGCAGCCUUUCAGGCCCCUCCUUCCCUUUCUCACCCUCAGUGGAUGUCCAAAUGUUCCAUGGAGUCUGCUUCUGACCCUCCACCCGUGCCAUAUGGAAGCAUUGUCAAGGCAAUGUUGGUGUUUGAAAGUUUUGACUAAUUUACAUAUGGGAUAGAUAUUAUAGAGUAUACCUAAAUGACGUACCCGGAUUUCAGUGCUAGUGAAAUACAUUCUCUGAGAGAGUUAGAAAGAUGGACAAGUCCAAAGUCCAGGACUAAGAGAAGCAAAGUUGGAGAGAAGAGUAAUUAAUGUCUCAUGGGCAAAGACAUUUGCACAUAAGCCUGCUGAUCCAUGUUCCUUGAUUGAGGAAGAGAUCCAACACCUNAAGUUGUUCUCUGACCUCUGUGUAGUCACCAUGGCUUGUGUCUCAAUACCCCCUCACACAUAAUAAUAAAAUUAUUGCUUUAAAGAAAAGCAAUUUACCCUUUCAAACACAUUUGGUGUCUGCUAUGAAACUACAUGGAUGAAUAGAUAAAAAGUUCUGUGAGUAAAAGNCACUUUGAACAUAGAUCUUAAAAGGCUUCAUAGAACACCACUUAUUCGUAUAUUUUCACAACAUAAAGAUAUCUCUUAUCAACACUUUCUGCUUUGUUUCAUAAAUGCUGAAAAUUUCAGCUCCUGACCUUGACCACGAAUUCCUCAGUAAUAAAAUGGAAUAAAGGUUGUCCUGCGC